AUGUUCUCCAAGAUCCUCUCCGUCGCUACCGUGGCUCUUGCCACCACCUCGCUGGUCUCUGCCCAGACCUUCACCACCUGCGAUCCUACCAAGAAGGACUGCCCUGCCGAUCCCGCUCUGGGCAAGUCUGUGAGCGUCGACUUCACCAAGGGCAACGAUGACUCCGUCUUCCGCAAGCUCGACGGUACCGCCGUCAAGUUCGAGGAUGGCGGUGCCCUCUUCGCCAUCAACAAGGAGACGGACGCUCCCACCAUGGCCUCCAAGAAGUACAUCUUCUUCGGCAAGAUCGAUGUCGUCCUCAAGGCUUCCCCCGGCCAGGGUGUUGUCACCUCCGUCGUCCUCCAGUCGGACGACCUCGACGAGAUUGACUGGGAGUGGGUUGGCGGCGACAACGAGCAGGUCCAGACCAACUACUUCGGCAAGGGUGAUACCAGCACCUACGACCGUGGUGCCUACCACCCCGUCAGCAACCCCUUGAACGACUACCACACCUACACCAUCGACUGGACCCAGGACUCCGUCAAGUGGCUCAUCGACGGCGCUCUCGUCCGCGAGCUCAAGUACGCCGACGCCAAGGGCGGUGCCAUGUUCCCCCAGACUCCCAUGGAGGUCAAGAUCGGCACCUGGGUCGCUGGCCGCAAGGACGCCCCCAAGGGCACCGUCGAGUGGGCUGGCGGCUACACCGACUUUUCCAAGGCCCCCUUCAACGCCUACUACAAGAGCAUCACCAUCACCGACUACCAGGGCAACCAGGGCAAGAAGGGCGCCAAGGAGUACGUCUACGGCGACCGCUCCGGCAGCUGGGAGUCCAUCGUCGUCAAGACCGACGGUGGCAGCGACGACGACACUUCUUCCUCCGCCAGCAAGACCGCCACCAAGACCGACUCCUCCAAGACCACCAUGAGCACCGUCACCGCCUCCGGAUCCAGCUCCGCCUCCUCCACCGCCUCCAGCGAGGCUUCUGCCACCGAGGAGGCCUCCUCCACCGCCACCGGCUCUUCCGACUCUAACUCUGCCGCCUCCGGCACCUCUGCCGGCGCCAGCUCUGCUCCCUCGACCGUUUCCGCCAACUCUGGCUUCGCGACCAAGGCCAACCUUGCUCUCGGUGCCGCCGGCCUGUUCUUCACCUUCCUGCUGUAA